AUGACAUCUGCCUUAGACAUGCUGCAAGGAGUGAAGAGGAAGAAAGCCAUCCUGUCAGACAGUGAAGGUGAGGAGGAGAAGGCUGACGAACCAGUGGUGAAGAAGAGCCGCGCUGUGUCUGACGAUGACAGCUCCGCCAGUGACGCGGGCUCAGAGGCGCACGACAAAACCAUGGCCAAACUGCGGGAACUGGGCUCAGAAAGCGAAGACGAGGAUGAUGGACAGAAGGUGGAAGGAGGGAAGAAGGACGAGAAAACACUGUUUGGUAGCGACAGCGAUUCAGGCGACGAGGAAGAGAAAAUGAUUGCAGACAUUUUUGGUGACUCUGGCGAUGAAGAGGGGGAAGAGUUUACGGGUUUCAAUCAGGAGGAUCUGGAGGGGGAUAAGAGCCAAUCUCAGGCCUCUGCAAAGAAAACAAUGGCAGAUGACUCUGAUUCUGAUGAGGGCGUGGACAGGGGUGGUGGCCAAGACACCAGUUUCAUGUCGGACUUUGACGUGAUGCUGGCUCGUAAGAAGGCCCAGAGCGGGAAGCGACGGCGGAACCGCGAUGGGGGAACGUUCAUCAGUGAUGCUGACGACGUGGUCAGCGCUAUGAUCACCAAGAUGACAGAAGCUGCAGAGGAGGACAGAACACUGAACGCUCAGAAGAAGCCAGCGUUAAAAAAGCUGACCCUCCUCCCCACUGUUGUUAUGCACCUGAAAAAAGUGAACCUCAAGGAGACGUUCAUCGACAGCGGGGUGAUGUCGGCUAUCAAGGAGUGGAUCGGCCCGCUGCCAGAUAAGAGUCUUCCGGCCCUCAAAAUCAGAGAGGAUCUCCUCAAGAUUCUACAGGAACUCCCCAGUGUGAGUCAGGAGACUCUCAAACACAGCGGGAUAGGCCGAGCCGUCAUGUUCCUAUACAAACACCCCAAGGAGUCGCGCCCCAACAAGGACCUCGCCCUCAAACUCAUCAACGAGUGGUCCAGGCCCAUCUUUGGCCUGACGUCUAACUACAAGGGCAUGACACGCGAGGAGAGACAACAGAGAGACCUCGACCAGCAGAUGCCGCAAAAAAGACGCCUCAGCUCAGGGGGACAGACUCCUCAUAGAGACCUGGAGAAAGUGCUGACGGGAGAAGAGAAAGCUCUACGCCCAGGCGACCCUGGAUUCUGUGCCCGGGCCAGGGUGCCCAUGCCAUCCAACAAGGACUAUGUCGUGCGGCCCAAAUGGAACGUGGAGAGCGAAUCCAGAGCAGCCCCGGUUAAGAAGGGCAUGUCACGGGUGGACAAACAGUUGCGUCGCUUCGCCGACAUAAAGCGUAUGACAAAGACAGGCCACGCGGUGAAGAUCAGCGUCCAGGGCAACCGGAUGCCCCUCUGAUGACAUUUUUUUUUUAACCUUUUUUGGCUAGGUGAAAGCAUAGGUUUCAAUACAUAGCUUUUACCGAUCCAAUAAUAUCAGAGCUAUGAUUAUUCCAAGGAAGGAUGCAAUUAUUUAAAUCAUUUGAUUAGGGCAAGGAUCCCACUUCUGUGUACUUUAGCCAACUUCUCUAACUAGCAUGACAAUGGUCAAAGCAGUUUGCUAAAGCACAUAGAUGAGACCAUGCUAUCGUCAAACCCCCUCAGGCCAGCCUGAAUGUAUGAUAGCGGUGUAGCUUCACAGGCUGGUUGGCCUUCGGUCCUCACGCCUUUGAGAGAUUCAAUACGGAGUGUGGAAGAUUGGUGUUAUAGCACGAUGAAAGUUUUAAGGUCAUUUCCAAUUGUGCAGACAUG